AUAGGUUACAUACAUACAUUAAUAUUACAGUCGCCGUUAGUUUAUUGUAAGAUGCCGAUGCGAGAUGUUGCGUUUUCGAAACGCGAGCACGAGUUUGUUGUUGAAGCUUUAACAAAGAAGAUAAGGAUUGACGGUCGUGGAAUGUUGGAGUACCGAGGUAUUACCAUCCACUUCUCCCUUGACCAUGGGUGUUGUGUGGUGAACAUGGGAGGAACCAAGGUUAUGGCGCAAGUGGCUGCUGAGCUGUGUAGACCGAGGGAAAGUCGUCAAAGUGAGGGAAGUCUCGGGGUUCAGGUUGAGAUGUCAAUGAUGGCCGCCCCUCAUUUGGAUCCUGCUAAACCAGGUGACAGUGGAGCUGAACUUCAACAAAUGUUGGAACGAUCGAUUGUGAUGUCACAAGCUGUUGAUUUGGAGGAACUUUGCGUCAGGGUCGGCGAGAAAUCGUGGAAUAUUCAAAUAUUCGUUCAUGUUUUGUCACAUGACGGGAACUUACUUGAUUGCGCAACAAUUGCCUCUAUGACAUCACUAAAGCAUUUUAAACGACCAGAUGUUUCAGUUGUUGGUCAGGAAGUUACAAUUCACAAGUUUGAAGAUAAACACCCGAUCCCACUCACUCUUCAUCACGUCCCGUUCUGUGUUUCAUUCGCAUUCUUUCAAGGCGGUGGUUUGAUGGUGGUUGAUCCGACAUUGAACGAGGAAAAAGUUAUGGACGGGAAGUUGAUGGUGGCCGUGAAUAAGCAUAAAGAAGUUUGUUGUUUACAAAUGAACGGACAACUUCAGCUGAGUAAAGAACAGAUAUUGAACUGCACGAACAUCGCUUCCACGAAGGCGCAAACCUUCUAUGACAUCAUGGAGACAAGUUUAGAAAACGAUCAGAAACAAAAAGCGAAGGGGAAUACCCGGUCCACCAUGAUGUCAUCAAGAAAACAAGAAACAAAGAAACCUCAAACAAUUAAACUUCUUCCGAUAAACAAUAAACCAAACAAUGGCCGUUGUGACAUCAUAGACAAUAAGUCACAUGACGAACCUCCUCCCACUUGGUUGACUCAACACGACAGCUCGACAGCGAGCAUAGGUGAGGGGUUGGUGAACACUUGGGAGGGGGGUGAUGAUGUCAUCAAGGCCCUCCGUUCCCCCCCACCUGAUGACAUCACACCCGAUGAUGUCAUGAGUUCUAGUGAUGAAGAAGUUACGCUCAUGUUGGAUUAACCUCGGGUGUAACUUACACACUUGUAUACAAAGCUUGGUGGUUUGGUAACCAUGUGCCAUGUAAGUGUCGUAUAAACUGAUGUCAAAGCAUUGCAUGCCGUGCUUGUGCCCAUGUUGGCACCCGUUGUACGCAAAUGUUGGUUGGCCAGCUAUGCGCGAUAUCAACCAGUCAUAGCAUUGUUUGUGAUGUCAUACAACACAUAGUUGUUGUUGGGACAUCCCCCAACACCCCAUAUAUAAUGUUUCUUUAUAAAAUCCGCACUGCCAACCUCCCUAUGAUUAAAAUUAUGCAUUGAAUAUGAACCAAUUUUGUUUACAACGUGUGUGCUGGUGUAUGACCCAUGAUAUACAUCACAUCUGUAAGCAAUAAUAUGUGUUGUCACAAUAACUCUAUGUGCCCGGUCAACUGGUUAAACCAAGUGGUUUCUUUUAGGGUUGCCUAAACCAGUUAUAUUCAGUUAUACAGAAAAAUAAAAUCCAUAAAAAUAAUCACUCA